AAGAAAAUCCAUGGCAUAUAGGACCUAGACAACUAUUCAAAAACAACUUUAGAGGAAAAAAUCAACAUUGGGGUGGUAUAAAAAGGAGCUAAACCUCUUUUCUCUCUAAGCAGCUGAAGAUUUUGAAUACAACCUCUCUACCAUUCCCUCAAAAGUCAUAAACCCAAUUUCCAUUUCUACAAACCCUAUCUCUCUUCUUACCUAAUAUAUACAAAUAUCUCACCAAUUAAGUUUUCCAACCUUCCUCAAGGAUAUAUCUCUAUACAAACACUUUGGGAGCAAAGUAUAGCUAUGAGAUUGUAGAUUACUAUAUAAUCAUAAAGAACCAUUUCAAGUUUGAAUUCAUUCAUUUUAUUCUUUUCUCAAUUCAUCAACAAUGACCCUUAUGAAAACCCUAUGGAAAUCAAUCUUCCCCGGUUGUUACAAGGGUGAAUAUCCCUCUCCAAAGCCAAAGAAAGUGGUGGCUACAAAGCCAAAUUCUUCACACAGAAUUUCUGUGACGGAUUUGAGUUAUCCAAGCACGACUCUUUCGGAGGAUCUGUCAAUUUCUCUAGCGGGAACCAACCUCCAUGUUUUCUCACUCGCUGAGCUCAAGAUUAUUACUCAACAAUUCUCUUCUAGCAAUUUUCUUGGAGAAGGUGGGUUCGGACCCGUGCAUAAGGGGUUCAUUGAUGACAAGCUUAGGCAUGGCCUCAAGGCUCAACCGGUGGCUGUUAAGCUCUUGGACUUGGAUGGCUCGCAGGGCCACAAAGAGUGGUUGACUGAAGUUGUUUUUCUGGGGCAACUAAGGCAUCCACAUCUCGUGAAGCUGAUAGGAUACUGCUGUGAAGAAGAACACAGGGUUUUAGUAUAUGAAUAUUUACCAAGAGGAAGCUUGGAGAAUCAAUUAUUUAGAAGAUUCUCGGCAUCACUUUCAUGGUCAACGAGAAUGAAAAUUGCUGUUGGAGCUGCGAAGGGUUUAGCAUUUCUUCAUGAAGCUGAGAAGCCAGUCAUCUAUAGAGAUUUCAAAGCUUCUAACAUCUUGUUAGGCUCUGAUUACAAUGCAAAGCUAUCUGAUUUUGGGUUGGCAAAAGACGGUCCCGAAGGAGAUGACACUCACGUUUCAACCCGAGUUAUGGGUACACACGGCUACGCAGCUCCAGAAUAUAUCAUGACAGGUCACUUGACAGCAAUGAGUGACGUGUAUAGUUUUGGAGUAGUGCUGUUGGAGCUGCUAACAGGGAGAAGGUCAGUGGACAAAAAUCGCCCUCCAAGGGAGCAAAACCUAGUGGAGUGGGCAAGGCCAAUGCUAAAUGACUCUAGGAAACUCAGCAGAAUAAUGGAUCCUAGACUUGAAGGCCAAUAUUCUGAAAUGGGGACAAAAAAAGCAGCAGCAUUGGCUUUCCAAUGCCUCAGCCACAGACCAAGGAGCAGACCCUCAAUGAGCACAGUGGUCAAGACCCUUGAGCCACUCCAAGAUUUUGAUGACAUUCCAAUUGGAACAUUUGUUUACACAGCUCCACCGGAUAAUAAUGAAAUGCAUAGUGCAAAGGAUCAAUGUGAGACACCUAAGAGGAGGGAAAAUAAUAAUAACAAUGGUCACCUUCAUAGGAAUGGCCACAGGCAUCAUCCACUUAAAUCCCCCAAGACCCCUAGGCCACAAUCACAAUCACAAUCACGUUCAAAUGAUCACAAACACCGAAAUGGAAGAGGAAGUGGAUCAAAUUCUCCUCCAUCACAUGGGAAAAUUAGGCAAGGAGUUCUUGCCUAUUAGGGCACAUAAAUGAUAAAUCAUGUUUUGUACAUAUACAUAGAGAUAUUUUCCCUCAAAAUUGGUUAGUUUUGUGUAGUGUACCAACUAGCUAGCUAGUAGACCCCCCCCCCCCCAUUGCCAAGAAAAGACAAAGACAAGAAGACAGUGAGCGUGCAAGUAUAUAUAUAUAUAUAUAUGGUCCACACAUGGAAAACAUGCUUAAGUUAAUUUAAUUUUUGUUUUAUAGUAAUUUAAUUUCUUCAAUUAAGGAAGAGUUAGGAAAGUUCAAUUGUUUUAAAUUGUGUAUAUGUUGAGGUUUUCUUCUGGAUGAAUCAAAAGACUGGUUCAAUAAAUGGACAAUUACCAA